UGGUGUUUUUUCUGAUUUUUUUAUUUCAAAUGUUACCUGCAAGAAUAAUUGCCCAAGAAUUUGACAUCAGCUUCAAAGAAGCUCAAAAUUUAUUAGAAGAAAGUGACGAUGUUGAGGAAAUAUUACAAGCCAAUAGACUACUCUUCGGAGAGUUUUUAAAUGUUUAUACUGAUAGGUUGAAUACAUUCAGACGUUUUAAAAAAACAUUUCAGUUUAGAGGUAUGGCCUUUUCUGCUGUAAAAGAGGAAUUGAUUUUCGAUGGUGAGGAGAUUUCUGCUGCCGCUGCCAAUAUCAAACUAAACCGUGCUAUCAACAAGACAUCAUCUAUUUUGAUUCAAAAAAUAAUGACAAAGGACAAGUAUAUUCACAUGCCAAGGUACUUGAUUGGGCUUCCGAAUUACCGUGGCCACUGUUUCUUCAUACCAGCAUUUGUACCAUUAUUCAAUAAUUAUUUGUUUGUCGAAGCCCUCAACGCUGGAUUUAAUAUGGCGACUGAAUAUAUACAAGGUUUAAGGCUACCAAGACCCGAAAGUAUGAGAGAAAGAUUUUCAGCCCUCGAAGCCCCUUUCUUAUGGACCAGAAUCAUUAAACGUUUUUUCCACGCUUAUAAGAAAGCCAGCUAUAAUGGUCAUUUGAAUAUUGAAAAUUUCCCGAUACCUUUGGAUACUGAAUAUCCAGAAAUUUAUUCACAGAUGGUGAGACAAUAUCGUUCCCAAAACAACUACAGAGAUGAUCUAAGAUUGGAUAGGAAUCUAAUGAAAAUUGUACUCGAGUUAGCUGACUACAAGUCUAAAUCUUAUGAAACUCCAGGCGGAUUUGUCACACAUUUAUAUCGCUGUAUCAUCGGCAAACUAGAUUAUGAAUACACAGAAAUUGGCCAAACCUCCCCAUUCAACAAACUUUUUUUCACUGUUCUGGCUUUUGAUUAUAUGUGUCAUGGUAAAGAAGCACAUUUAGGAAUUGUGAAACUUAAAAAACGCCUAAGCCUUCCAUCCAUUCGCUUUCCAAGCCAACAUGAAAGAUUCAAGUCGCUACAGGAUAUUUGUGACCAUCAUCAAGAUUUGAUUCUCUUUCAAGAAGAUAGUUGUAAAGAAGUCAAACAAAGUAUGUUUUUUAUUGACUCAUGCUUUGCCUUGGGAUUACAAGGUAAAGCAAGAGUCAAUAUCAGGAUAAUUGAGUCCAAAUUUGCCUUGGGAUUUCAAGGUAGAUCAAGACUCAAUUUUUGUGAUUGAUUGAAUGAUUCCUAAAUUUAUGUUA